UGGUCUCCACCCUCCAUCGCAUCUGUGUCCUGACCUACUGCACACAAUGGAGUCCCUCCCACCAGAGCUGUUCGAUGCGAUUGCGACGCACUUGGCAUUCGUGGAUUGGUGUGCCCUGCGACUGACAUGCAAGGCUCUAUAUCGCGCCAUCUGGCCCGUCUUUGCCCGCCGAUAUUUCCAGCGCAUCCACGUUAUGGUCACGCCGGAGGGAAUCGCCGAUCUGAAAGCACUGGCGUCCCACGAGACAAUUCGGCCCGUUGUGCAGGACCUGUGUCUGAUCCCCCCCCUGUCCCGAAAUUACAAUAUCCCCUUGGCCGAAUUUACUGAGGUGCUGCGGAGCGCCCCGGAGCGCCGCGAUUGGACCAGCGAAGAAAUCCAGGCCCACUACACGGUCUACAAGGCGACGCAUACAGCACAUCUCACGUUUGCACAGUCGGAGUCCCUGGUCUCCAGUCUUGCAGAGUGCCUGGCGCAGUUCGACAAUCUCCGAAGUCGCUCGCUGUACGAGCCUCUUGCCUUUUGUCUCCGAGACCUGCGAGUUCUCGAGGUCUGUCUCGGGCCCGGAAGCCCGGAGGGAGCCAGGGACGAUUGUCUCCCCGGGCUCAUCACGAGAGCGGCGCCGACUCUUCGGACCCUCAAGCUCUUCCAGUGGGCUCAGAUGCAGGAGUCGAGCCCUGACGUAUUUGCAGACCUCGCCCCCCAGGUUCAAUUCUCCCGCCUGGUGAGGCUUCACCUGCACUGGGUCGAAGUGACCCAAUCCGACUUUGCGCUUUUCCUGCGCAGUGCCGCCCCCAGUCUGCGCAUGUUGACCCUGGUGGCACUCAGUCUCAAGGAUCCUCUUCCCGACGGCUCCGAAUGUAUUAGGGUCCUCACGACCAUUUGGCGCAACUUCCGCAACAUUCUUCAAGAAACCAUCCCUGCAAUCCACGUCUUCGCCAUGACAUGGAUUGCCUGCCGUCGCCACCAACUUCGCUUCGCCAAGUCUUGCCGGAAGAAUCAAUCGGCGUCCCCCGCCACUGAAGACUUCUCCUACCAUGCUAAUCGGACGCCGGCCACAUUUGCAGACUGGCUUAAUACACUGGACCUCGACCCGGAGACGCCUCUCGCGCGCGAUCUUCCAGCCCUCAGUCGUGGCAGCCACAGCCUCUACAUAGGCACGCGUAUCCCGAACCUGGGAGACGAACUGAACGAGGCGGCGGCGGUGACGUUCGAGCUUGGAUCCCCAUAAGAGCACACUAGCCUUUUACCUGUAGCUUGAGAUGGUUUGGUAUAUUGAAGACGAUCCCAUCUAGCUCGGACGGCUUGCCAAGCGGUUAAUGCUCUUUUUUCUUUUUUUCAACUUCCAGACAGAGCUCCAUUUGCAUGUAAUCUAGAAUAGCCGAGCCGACGCGGCAAAUGAUACCCAAGGACGCAAGGGGCGGGUGGUGAUUUUCUUCGCAUCAGAACACAGCAGCUUAACUACCACUCUUGAUCGAUCCUGAUAUACAAAGACGAAGAGGAGGGCAGAAGGAGAAACCAAUUGACAAGGGGCCCUUUUGACCCACCCAAACUUGCCCCUGGUAAUGGGACAGCAUAUUCAAGGGAAGGCCGGUCGUAGCCUACGAAAACAUUGUGCC